CAUGUUGGACGUGGCCAGCACAGGGGCCGGCACCAGGGGGUUAUUGAAGCAGCUGUCACGAUGCUGGGGUCCCUGGUGUUGAAGAGAACAGCGCCGGUGCCGCGGCUCCUCCUCCAGCUGCUUAGGUCCCCAUCGCUCCGGAGCCGUGGAAGUGACACCGGCCGGAGUGUGACCACCGGGGGCCGCGGGGAGCCUCAGUGGCUGAGGGCGGCCGUCGGGGGGCGCCAUGGAACCUCGCCGGUCUUCCUCACCGGAGGAAGGGUAGCCACUGGGGGGCGCCAGAGAGGUCGUACCGAGACCCCGUGCCUCGCAGCCGCCACGUGGGGACGCCUUCCCAGCCCUGAAGAUGCACUGCCUGGGCAAGACAGCUGGAACGGGGUCCUCAACAGGGCCGGAUUGGGCGUAUGGGCCCUGGCCACGGCGCUGGUUGUUCACUGUUACAGCAAGAGUCCGUCCAACAAGGAUGCAGCCUUGAUGGAAGCUGCCCGAGCCAACAAUGUCCAAGAAGUCAACAGGCUGCUGUCAGAUGGUGCAGAUGUCAAUGCAAGGCACAAACUUGGCUGGACAGCACUCAUGGUGGCAGCCAUCAACCGAAACGACAGUGUGGUGCAGGUCCUGCUUGCAGCUGGUGCUGACCCAAACCUUGGGGAUGAUUUCAGCAGUGUUUACAAGACCGCCAAGGAGCAGGGAAUCCACUCUUUAGAAGAUGGGGGACAGGACGAUGCAAGCUGGUACAUCACAAACCAGUGGACAAGUGCCCUGGAGUUCAGGAGAUGGCUAGGAGUCCCCGUUGGCGUCCUGAUCACCCGAGAGGAUGACUUCAACAACCGGCUGAACAACCGUGCCAGCUUCAAGGGCUGCACAGCCCUGCACUAUGCUGUCCUUGCUGACGACUACCGCACCGUCAAGGAGCUGCUUGAUGGAGGAGCCAAUCCCCUGCAGAGGAAUGAAAUGGGACACACACCCUUGGAUUAUGCUCGAGAAGGGGAGGUGAUGAAGCUUUUAAGGACUUCUGAGGCUAAGUACCAAGAGAAGCAGCGGAAGCACGAGGCCGAGGAGCGGCGCCGCUUUCCCCUGGAGCAGCGGCUGAAGGAGCACAUCAUUGGUCAGGAGAGUGCCAUCGCCACAGUGGGUGCUGCAAUCCGGAGGAAGGAGAAUGGCUGGUACGACGAAGAACACCCUCUGGUCUUCCUCUUCUUGGGAUCAUCUGGAAUAGGAAAAACAGAACUGGCCAAGCAGACAGCCAAAUACAUGCACAAAGAUGCCAAAAAGGGUUUCAUCAGGCUAGACAUGUCUGAGUUCCAGGAGCGGCAUGAGGUGGCCAAGUUUAUCGGGUCUCCACCAGGCUACAUUGGCCAUGAGGAGGGUGGCCAGCUGACCAAGAAGCUGAGGCAGUGCCCCAAUGCCGUGGUGCUUUUCGAUGAAGUGGACAAAGCCCAUCCAGAUGUUCUCACCAUCAUGCUGCAGCUGUUUGAUGAGGGCCGGCUGACAGAUGGAAAAGGGAAGACCAUCGACUGCAAGGACGCCAUCUUCAUCAUGACCUCCAACGUGGCCAGUGAUGAGAUAGCACAGCACGCACUGCAGCUGAGGCAGGAAGCGUUGGAGAUGAGCCAUAACCGGAUCGCCGAGAACCUUGGGGAUGUCCAGAUGAGUGACAAGAUCACCAUCUCAAAGAACUUCAAGGAAAAUGUGAUUCGCCCCAUCUUAAAAGCUCACUUCCGGAGAGAUGAGUUUCUGGGACGAAUCAAUGAGAUCGUCUACUUCCUCCCCUUCUGCCACUCAGAGCUCAUCCAACUCGUCAACAAGGAGCUGAAUUUUUGGGCCAAGAGAGCCAAGCAAAGGCACAACAUCACACUGCUCUGGGACCGCGAGGUGGCGGAUGUGUUGGUCGACGGCUACAACGUGCACUAUGGCGCCCGCUCCAUCAAGCAUGAGGUGGAGCGCCGUGUGGUGAACCAGCUGGCGGCUGCCUACGAGCAGGACCUGCUGCCAGGGGGCUGCACUCUGCGCAUCACUGUGGAGGACUCGGACAAGCAGCUGCUCAAGAGUCCUGGACUGCCCUCACCCCAGGCUGAGAAGCGUCCGCCCACGCUGCGGCUGGAGAUCAUCGAUAAGGACAGCAAGACCCACAGGGAGAAGAGGGAGGUCCCUUGUCUCUGUGCUUCAGCGUGAUCCCAGUGUCCCAGAGUCUCUGGAACUUUAUCAUAUUUCCUGGAAGCUCAGAAGUAUGGCAGCUGAGAACAGAUCUGGCUGGAAGAAGACAGGGACCAGGCUGUGACCUGCCACCCUCUGCUGGCUCUCAUGCAACUGAGUCUCCAGAAUGUCUCCACUGUGAGUGGAGAAGAAUGCAGAGGUCCAGGCACAGAGGUUCUACAUUUAGGCCGUAGCUUCCUCUUUCCCAUGCCUUAAAAUUCCAAGGGGAAGGGACUUUCGGAACCCUUCCCCCUUCCACUACCAUGUCAUAGCUAUUCCUCCCCACCCCACUUCCCCCUUCCACUGCCAUUCCAUACUGUUCCUCCCCACCCCACAUUCAGGGGUCAGACCAGACCUUGUCUCUCCAGCCUUGGAACUUGGCCAGCAUAGGGCAUCUUUUGGAGGAAGGCUGAUUGGGCAUCACCCUGCCCUACACGGGGACUGGACAGAAGUACCAAAUGACCAGGCAAGCUCAGCUCUGUGGGGCCUCCUUCAGGAGACCAACAACGGAGACACUGAGGAACUAUAGAGGGGAGGGAUCGUGGGGUCGGGCUCUGCCCAAAUGGCCAUGGAGUCUACCUCAGCCCCAUCUGUACUAUGGUCCCAGCUAAGUGAAAUUGGAGUACACAGCUCCCCUGUGCAGUCUGCAUGCUAGUAACUAAGCAGAGGGACUGCACACCACCCCCAAGGCGUUCCACAGACCAGACAUGUUUCAGCCUCAGCUUAGCAGGGCACAGCAAAGCUUGGUAGUUACAUCUUUGGGAACCACCUGCAGUAGCCACCAUUGAUAACCACGCCAUCACCCUCCCCUUGCAGGCCCAUUUUGGAACCCUCCUCUGGUGUUAGAAAGUGUCUUUCAGGAAGCAGAAAAUGGCAGCAGUCAAAGGCCCAUGGGUGAUGGAGGAAUGUCAUGAUAACAUGGUGGGUGUGAGGCAGUCAGAGCCCAGAAUGUGGGCUCCAGCGGACACUCCAGCAGUCGCUGUCCAGCCCCUCAAGGAGUUGUCAGCUGCUUCAUACCUCAGUGACUGCCUUUCUUUUUUUAUUAUUACUAUUUUUUUUUUACUUCCUGUUUUAAAAUAACUUUACACUUACAGGUAGUUGCCAAAAUAGUUGAGUUACCAUGAGUUACCCUUCACCAGCUUCUCCUAAUAUUAACAUCUUUUAAAAAUUAUUAAAUUAUAGUAUAAUUAAUACUAUAAAAAACUGGGAAAUUAACAUGAUACAAUAGUACUGACUAAUCUAUAGACAUUCAAAUUUUGCCAUGUUCCCCACUGAUGUUGUUUUUCUGGUCCAGGAUCCAGUCAGUCAAGGAGCCCUCAUUAUUAUUUUGUUGUGUUUCCUUCAUUUCCUUCAGCCUGUGACAGUUCCUCUGUUUUUCUUUGCCUUUUAUGGCCUUGACAUUUUUGAAAUGUCCAGGUCAGUUAAUUUGUAGAAUGUCCCUUAAUUUGGGUUUAUCUGCUAUUUUCACAUGAUUAGAUUGAGGGUCUACGUUUGGGGCAAGACUAGCUCACAAGUGAUGCUGUGCCCUUCCUGGUGCCUCAUAGCAGGCAGCACAUGGCAGAGGUUGUGUGUGCCAGUUUCUCCACUGUAAGGUUACUAAUUUCACUUUUGAAAUUAAUAAGAAUGUCAUGGAAAGAUAAGAGCUGUACAGAUGUCUCAUUUAUCCUUAGAAUUUUGCCCACUGAUUUUAGCAUCCCUCAGUGGUUCUUACAUAUAUCAAGCAUUAAUGUUGUAUUUGCCUAAUGAUGACUUUGUUUUCUUAUUCCAUCUAAAUUUAUUAAUUGGUAUUCUACUGUAAGGAACAGCUGUCUCUUUUCCCCCAUUUAUUUAUUCAGGAGUUUAUUUAUUUCAAUAUAAACUAAUGGAUAUUUGUUUUAGUCUAUGGGUUAUAACCUGAUACUAACAUAGUUUGUUUUGUUGCUUAUUUGGCCUAGAUUUGGCCAUUGGGAGCUCUUAAGUUGGCUCCUGUGUUGUUUCAGUAUUGUCCCAUCAUUUUUUUUUAGUAUUUCCUUACUUUCUGGCACUACAAGAUGUUCCAAGCUCAUUCAUACUCUUCUUGCCCCAGCCCUGACAUUAGCCAUGUCUCUUAAGCAGCUCUUGGUUCCUUUUAUUUUGAGAAUGGUACUUAGAAACCAAGGUGGUAUAUUCAUUGCUACUGGAAUGUCAUUGCUUCUAGGCCUUUUCAGCACACAAAGCUAGGAAAUAUAUGUGUGUAUGUUAACACAUGUAUCAUACACAACUCAAUUUAUUACUGUAUGUCCAUCUGUAUAUUAUUAAAAAUCAUGAGUCCAUAUUGAUGCCUGUAGUUCUAAUCCAAUACUACAGGCUUUGUGACAUUAUCAUUAUGACUUUACUAUUCUUUUUCUACUUCUUCCUCUCCUGCUAUCUCUGUUUCUUCUCCUCUCACUCUGUGUUUUUGUCCAGACUUCCCUUAGAGGCUCUAAUUAAGUCAGUCAGUGACCAUCCUAUGUGGAACACUCCUGCUGAAUAAAGUUCUUAAGCCUGGCUGUCAGUCCCUUUGUUCAAUCAGCUGUAGCCAGGAGCAGCAGACAUGUAACUCAAAACCAGAUAACUUUUAUACAGGAAAACCCAAUGGCCACCUUUCUGAGAAGAGUCUGAGAAACUUGAGUAUCACUUCUAGGGAUUCUUAGCUAGACAUCCUAGGUGAUGUUGGACCCCUACCUUAUACUUUAAUAGAAUCCUAGGCGGUACUCAGCUCACUUGCAUUACUUGUUCUAUGUUUGUCUUUGUUAUUAGAGUGUAAGAUUCAAGUACCCAGUUAUUCUGCUCACUCUCCUGUUCAUAAAAGCUGGCAUGGAGCCGUCACAUGAUGGCUGCUCCAGGUAUUUAGCUGGGUGGGUGGGCCCUGCAGCAAGCGCAGAUCCUCAUAGUGAGUCCCAGGACAGAACAGGAUCAUUUUUUCAUGGAGCACACAUUUGUCAUGUGCUUGUAGCUAAGCGGUAGAACCUGCCAGACCCUGAGUGAAUAGGGCAAAGUAAGACCCCAGAUACCUUACUGAGUAUCCAGAAAUAGAUGAAGCUGGACUUGGAAAUGAAAAUGUAACAUCUUUAUUAUUCAAAAGGAAAACUCAAAGAUGUGUAGUGAUUGUUUUAGGAAUUUAGAAAAAAGACACAUUUAAACCAUAGAAAAUGGAUCAAUUAAAGAUAAAACCUGAAGUUAAGUGGAAUACAAAAAAAAAAGAGAAAGGAUAAGUAUAAAAUUAUUUUUUUUGAAAACACUAGUAAAAUAGCCAUCACCUAGCCAAAAAAUUGAUCCGUGUAAUUUUUAAUUACUGUAUACACUGCUUCAGAUCAUGGGAAAAGUUGGAAAGAUGCUCAGCAGAUUUUUAAAGGCCAGUGUAAGAUUAAUGCUCAAACCUGAUAAUAUGCCAAAAAGAAUGCCAUAGCUUAAUCUCAUCUAUGACUAUAGAUGCAAAAAUUCCAAAUAAAAUUAAGUUGAAUUGUACAACGUAAUUAGACAAGUUUCAGUAUCAGGAAAUUUAUUAAUAUAAUCAGUUACAUCAAGGACUUGAAGAUUAUUUAAAUGUCUGUAGACUGUUAAUCUUCAUGUUUUGAUAAUACUUAUAUGAUUAUAUAAGAGAAUAUCCUUGUUUUUAGAAAAUAUACAUUGAAAUAUUUAAAGACAAUUGGCAAAUGUUCCAGGAAACUUUAAAUUACACACAUGUAUACAUGCACACAUAUAUGUAUACACACACAAAAAUACACAGAAUGAUAAAACAAAAGUAAAGUAUUCACACUGAGGAAAUCUGAGUGAAGGGUAUACAGGAAUUCUUUGUAUUGUUUUUGCAACUUUUCUGUAAGUCUAAAAUUAUUUCAAAAUAAAGUUUUGUUAAAAGGAGAUAAACAUUUUGUCAGUAUAUGCUGAAAAAGCAUUUGAUAAAAUUUUACAGCUUUAAGUAUGAUUUGAUAAAGCUCCAAGUAAAAGGAAGAGAAACUAUUCAUCUCGAGGUUUGGGGGGGCAGGGGGUGAGGGGGAGGCUGAGACGGGG